ACGCAGACAUCAAGCAUGUGCUAAAGUAAGAUAAGAUUUGUUUUUAAAUGUUCAAAAUCACCUUCACUAUUACUACAGCAAUAUGCCUCCAUCAUCAGACCACAACUACAUUGGCAGAACUAAUUCAAUCCAGUAAUAACACAGAAGAUCACAAUUCAUCCAUUUUAAAAUCAUGUAUAGCAAGCCGCCAUGGCACAAUCCAGAGAUUACGUUGGAGACUUCCUGACAGAAUUCAAGGAGCAGAUAAUUACAAGAGCGACUCGGGUCAGCGACAUUGCUGAGGAUGUUAUCUCCCAAAGUCUGAUUCAUGAUGUGGCAGCUCAACAAGUGCAGGCUGCUCCAAGCAAGCAGGAGGCAAUGCGGCUCCUGUUUAAGGCUUUGGAAAGACAGCCACCCCUAAACAGAGUGUCCUUCCAUCUCAUCCUGAGAAUGACAGAGCCUGAACUGAUUCAAGAACUAGAAUGGAGACUACGUAACAGCAAGCACACACAAACAGAGAGAAGCAGUCCUCCCAGAGAAAAAAUAAAACAGGAUGACAAGAAUGGGCAUACAAGUGAAAUCCAGAAGAGAAAAGAUUUUCUAAAAAAGCGUAGACUGAAAACAAUGCGUGCCAUUGAGCAGAUCGGGAAAUUCUGGGAAGGAACUAAGCAAGAAAGGACGGAGAUAGACAACAUGAGGCAGAUGAUUCAGCAACAGCAAGAUGAGAUAGCCAGGAUGACCACAGAAAAAAGACAAUUUGAGAGAACUAUUACUCACAUGAAAGCCAAGAUGGACCACAUCUGUGAAAGAAUGGAUCGGAAUAAAGAAGAGGUAAAUGGAGAGAGAGAGAGGAUUGAGCAGAUGAGGUCUGACCUCCAAACUGAGCAAACCACCCUGGAGCAAAAGAGUGUUGAAAUCAUGAGAGAGAGAGAGAACUUGGAAAUGAUCAGAUAUGAGACUCUGAGACAGAAGGAGGAGCUGGAGAGCAACUGUGAAAGCAAAAAGUAUGAGAUGGAACGAAUGGAACAAAUGAAAAGUGCCAUACAAGUUCAGAUCAAUGAGAUGGAGAUGAAGAUUGAGGAAACACAGAAAACAAAGUGUCAGAUGGAGCAGAUAAGAGCUGAAAUAGAGGAGGAAAAAGCAGAGUUGGAGAGAAAGAAGGACGACAUCAAGAGGCAAAGAAACCAGUUUGAACGGAUUAAAGCUGAUAUACAGCAAGUUAAGAUGGAAAUGGAACAAAGGUGGCAUGAAACAGAGAAAGAAGGGCUGGAACGGACAGCUUUAAUUCAGAAAGAGAAAGAUGAGCUGAAGUACCUGCAAGAUGAGAUUCAAAGAGCAAGAGAAGAGGUUGAAAGAAACAGAGCAUUUUCAAAACAAGAGAAUGAGAGAAUAAACCAGCUGAGAGCUCAAACACUUACAGAAAACAACCUCAUUGAAAAGAAAUGGCAAGAUGUCUUUAGAAAAGAAAAAGAUCUGGAAGAGAUGAAGCAUGAAAUUGAGAGAGGUCGAGAGGAGCUGAUGAUGAAUGAAGAGCUGGUCAAAAAGGAAUGGGAAAAAAUCGAACAGGCCAAAGUGGACGUUCACAAUCACAAGACAUCUAUGGAUGCCAGAGUUGAGGACAUAAAAACAGAAACUGUUAGGCUGAAACAUAUGAAAAUAGAGAUGCAGAAAGAUAAAGAUAUUCUAGAAAAACAGAAGGAAGACAUACAGAAAGCUAAAGAAGAAAUGGAGAAGAAGAGGUACGAGAUAGUGACAGAGGAGUUAGAGCACAGAGCUCGACUGCAGAGGGAGAGAGACGAGCUGGAGAGUGUAAGAGCAGAGGUACAAAGGGCUAAUGAUAUGGAGAAAGCAAAGAUACUGAAAGAGAAGGAAGAAAGCAUUAAUAUAAGAAAAGAAGCCAGACAAGAAAGAGAAAUGACAGAACUGAUCAAAGCAGAGAUCAAGGCUGAAAAAGACAGCUUGAACCAAAGACAAGAGGAGAUGCUGAGGGACAGACAACAGCUAGAAAUAAUUAAACAUGAGAUGGACAGAGCCAAAGAGGAGAUCGAGAAAAGCAAAGAAGUCGCAAUCCGGGAAAAUGGGAAAAUUGAAAAAAUGAAGGCUGAAAUUCAAGAACAAAUUGAAGAUAUUGAGAAGAAGGUUGAGGAGAUCCAAAAAACAAAAGAAAAAAUGGAGGAGACAAAGGCUGAGUUGGAGGAAGAGUGGGAGGAGCUGGAAAGAAAGAGAGAAUUGGUGAGAAUAGAGACCGAACAGUGCGAGUUCCUCAGAAGUGAAAUCCUCAAGGUGAAGGAGGCAAUGGAGAGCAGGUGGCAUGAAACAGAGAAAGAGGAGGUGGAACUCAGAGCAAAUACUCAGCAUGAGCUGGACAGACUAGAGAAAUUAAGGGACGAGGUCCAAAGAUCCCAGAAAAAUAUUGAAGAGAGCAGGAAUGAGCUCAUGCAAUGGAAGGAUAGUCUUGAAAAAAUGAGGGUUCAGGCAGAAGAAGACAAACGUGCAGCUGUCAAACAGAUGGAUGAGGCUAAAGCAAAGAAAGAAGAGCUGACAAAAAUGGUAGAAAAUAUGGAGAAAGAUCGAGGGGAGAUUAAUAACAGCAGAGAACAGGCUAAUCAAGAAGCAGAUGAAAUCAAAAGGAUGAGAAAUGAGCUACAAAGACAGCAGGCAGAAAUAGAGCACAGGAUUAGAGUGGCAAAACAAGAAAAAGAGGAGGCAAACCAUGCCAUACUUGCAGUUCAAGAGGCUCAGAUGCUCUUAAAAAAGCAAAUGGAAGAGUCUGAAAAAAGGCGGUAUGAAGCCAUAACAGAGGCAUUAGAGCAAAGGGAUGAAAUACACAAAAAAACAGAGGAGUUAGAACAAAUAAAUGAAGAAAUACAAAGAGCCAGGCAUGAGCUAGAAAAGUUGAGGCAUUCUGAAAAAGAAAGCAGAGAGCAGAAAAUGUUAGAGGACACACAGCAAGAGAGAGAGUUUGUUGAGCCAAUGAAAAUAGCUGUGCUUAAGGACAAGGAAGAUCAGGAAAAGUCUUUAGCUGAGAUAGAGAAGGAGAGAGAGGAGCUCAAACAGAUUAGAGUUCAGGUCCAGAACGAGAAGAAAGAUCUAGAAAAACGAAGGUAUGAGAUGAUGAGAUAUGACAUAGAACAGAGUGCUCAGGUGCAGAGACAAAGAGAAGAACUUGAGAAGAUCAAGACUCAGUUAGUUAUUGACACAGAGACCAUGAACAGAAGCAAAGAAUUAGCGCAACAAGACAGAGAGAAAGUCGAGUGUAUUAUGAUUGAGAUCCAGAAACAAAGAGAGGAAGUGAAUAAAAGGUUAGAGGAGACAAAACGAUGGGAGGACGCUUUGAGGAAGAUGACAGAGGACAUGGAGCAUGAGAGAGAAGACCUGGAGAAGAUUCGUGUGGAAACGCUGAGAGGGAAAGACACUUAUGAAGAGGUCAAGGAUGAGAUUAACAGAGUGAGAGCGGAGAUAAAGAGGUUGUGGGAUGAGGCUGAAAAGGGAGAGCUGGAGGAACGAGAGAGAUUAAACAGGGAGAAGGAUGAGACGAUGAGGAAGAUAGAAGCUAUGAAGAAGGAGCUGGGUGAGAUUGAAGACACAAAGGUGGGGUUAAUUAAACAAAAUAAGGACAUUGGCAUAAAGAUGGAAAAGGCAAGGUUGGAAAUGACUAAACUUGAAAAGAUGAAAGCAGACCUCCAAAAACAGAAAGAAGAUAUUGAAAUCCAGAUGAUGGAAGCAAAGUGUGAGAGAUACCAGAUGGAACUGAUGAGGACUGAGAUCUUAAAACAAAAAGAGGAUGUUGAAAGCAAAAUGGAGCUAGCAAAAGCAGAAAUGGACAAAAUGCAGCUUGUCAAAGAGGAAAUACAAAGACAAAGAGAAGAGCUUGAUGAAAGGAUGCAGAAAACCAAACGAGAGAUUGGAGAAAUGGAGCUGAUGAAGAGAGAAAUAGAAGGGAAGAAGAAAGAACUCGAGAAAAGGAUGAAAUUGACCAUGAGGAAGAAGGACGAGAUGGAACGACUGAAGAUGGAGAUACAAAGAGCAAAAGAUGAGAUGGAACGUAAAAGAGUGGAGACAGAGAGGCAGAAGUAUGAAAUGGAGCAAGUUAAAGCUGAAAUCCAAAGAGCAAGAGAGGAGAUUGAAUUUAGGAUGGAGGAGAGAGAUUUAGAAGAAGAGAAAGGACAGAUGAACCUCACUAUAAUCAACCUUAUCCAACAGAUUGAGGUGACAAGAGAAAUGGUGCGAAAAGCAAAAUUCCAGAUUGAAAACCAAAUGGCAGGAAGUCAGAUGGAGACAACAGACCAAGAAGAGAUGAAUGCCGAAAUGCAGAGGCUCAUUCUGGAGGUUGAACACAUCCGUGAAAUGCUGCGAGGUCUUAAGGGUGAGGUGGAACACAACAAGGAAAUGAUGAAGAGAGACAGGGAUGAGAUGAAGCUGCUGAAGAAUGAAGUUCAACGAAGGAGAAGAGAGAUUGAAUACAGAGAAGAAAAGAUUAUGAGGGAACGGGACGAACUAGAACUCAUGAGAAAUAUGUUGCAGCGGCAAAGAGAGGAACUGGAGGAGAGGCUGGAGGAGACCAUUAAAGAGAAUGAUAAGGUGGAGCAAAUGAGAGAAGAUGUGAAAAAUGCUUUGGAGGACAUAGAAGAGGCCAAAAAAGAGAUACAGAGAGAGAAAGAACUCAUUGCUCAAGAAAGGACAGGAAAAGAAAAGAGAGAGAAAUGUGAAUUGGAAAAAACAAGAAUGAUGGAGAUUAAACAAGCUGAUGCGCAAGUCCAAACUGAUGUGAUAGAUGAUAUAGGAAAAUAUCAGAUGAUCUUAACCAUGGAGGAGCUGGAUAAACAGCGAGAAGCACUGGAUCAUUUAAAAAAAGACUUACUUGCACAAAAAAGUACAAUUGAGAGACAACUAGCAGAAAUAAAAAUGAGCAAGGAUGAAUUUUCGCUGAAAGAAGUCGCACUGCAAACUGCAACAAAAAAUGCAGCAGACAUGGAGUUGCAAUUAGAACGGCGAAAACAGGAGCUAGAAAACACAAAAGAUGAGCUGGAAAGGACAAAGCUAGAAAUACAGAAAGGAUGGGAUGACCUGCAGGCUGAGAUUACAGAAAGCAGGGAAAAAGAAGACAUGAUAAGAACAGAAUUAGAAAAAGCAAGAGAUGUCCUAAAUCACAUUAGACAGGAUAUAGAAAAACAAAAACAAACCAUGGAGGAUGAUCUAAAAGACACUUUCGCUAGGGAACUAGAAGACAUAGAAGCUCAGCAAAAAAGCAUAGAGGAUGAAAAGAGAACAUUAGAGAACAUGAAAUAUGAGCUGGAAAAGGAGUCUAGUGAUAUUGAAAGGUUAAAACAAAAUGUGCAAAAAGAAAGACAGAAUAUGGAGAAAUGGGCAGAGCAGCUUCAAAAAGAGAGAGAGGAACUAGAAAAGAAAAUGUGUGAUAUUCAACAAAUACAAGCACAGAUUGUGAGAGAAAAUAAAGAUCUAGAGAACCUGAGAGAGGAGAAUGAGCAAACAUUGAAAAAUAUCAAAAUGGAGAGAGAGACCCUUGAGAAAAUUAAUGAACUCUUUUUACAACAAAAAUGUGAUUUUGAGAAUGAAAAGGAAGAAGUAAAGAAACGAGAAAAUGAACUACAGCAAAUGCAGGUUGAUCUUAACAGACAACAAAAAGACAUGCAUGAUAUUCAGAAUAUAGUUUUCAUGCAAAAAAGUCAACUUCAGAAAGGUCAAGAGGAAAUAGCUGAAAAGCUAAAACAGGUGGAUAACAUCAUGCAGUUUACACAAAGUGAAAAAGACAGUCUUGACAGAGAGAGGGCGGCUAUAAAGGAGCAGAAGCAGCAGAUGGACAGAAACAUGACAGAUGCAUUAAACAGAGAACUAGAAACUGUGGAGCUUCUGAAACAAGAGCUACUAAAUGAGAAGCGACUUAUUGAGGACUGCAGAAUAGCUUUAAUGAGAGAGAUAGAAGAUCUGCAGCAAAAGAAAACCAAUUUGGGGAUACAAGCAGAGGAGAUAAAAUUACAAAGGCAAAGUAUUGCAGAAGAGAAAAACAUGUUGGUACAGACUGAAUCUGUGCUGCAAAGAGUAACUAAAGACACUGAGAAGCUAAGACAAGAUACACAAGCUGAACGACAGAAACUUAAAAACACUGCUAUACAACUUCAGAAAGAGAGAGAUGGCAUUGUGAGUCUUGCAGAGGAGACAAAAAGAAAGAGGGAGGACCUGGACAAAAAGCAAACUGACAUAGAAAAGCAGGAAAAAGCAUCUGAGAUAUUGAAGGCCACGAAGGCUAGUCUGCAAAAAGAAGCCAGUGUCAUUGAAAAUUUAAGACAAGCUGUUCAAAAUGACAUACAAAACGUUAAAGAUAUGGAAGCCAAAAUUCAAAAAGAAAGACAAUGCACUGACAGUUUAGUUGAAGAGACGGAGAAGAGGUCAAAAGCUCUAGAUGAGCUACGCAUGGAGAUUGAAAAAGAAAAGCAAUAUGUUGAGUCUGAGAGAGAUGUGCUAGAACAGGAAAAGUUUAAACUCAGAGAACUCAACGAUGAAUUUGCUCAGCAAAAAGAAAAGAACAGUAUUAUACUGACAGAGAUCCAGAAAGAACGAGACAGUCUUAAGCAGCUGAUUGAAACCAUCUCAAAUCAAAGGUGCAUCAUAGAAAAUGAUAAAGAGAAUAUAAGACUGAGAGAAAAUGAACUGAAACAUAAAGAAGCAGAGAUUGAAAACAAACAAAAACAAAUAGAUGAGUUGAAGAGCAUUUUAAGGAUGGAAAAGAUGCAAGUCGAGCAGAUGCAAGCUGACCAAGAUCAACAAGGGACAGUUGCUCAUGAAAAAAUACAAUAUUUAAAGACUGUAAGAGAGAGAGAAGCGGGAGAUCUGGAGAAAGAGAGACAGGAAAUUGACAAAUUGAGAGAAGAAUUGAGGGUAGAAUAUGAAAAUGUGGAGCUCCUAAAGAAAAAUAUAACUGAACAAAAAGAAGUAUUUAAAAGCCACAUGAAAUCACUGGAAAUCGAUAAAGAAGACUUAGAGAAAGAUGAAGCCAAACUGCACAAAGAAUUUGAAAACUUGCAGUUUCACAGGCAAUCUUUUGAAAAAGAGAUACAGCAGGUGAGAGCUAAGCUUCAGAAAGAGACUGACAAUAUUGAGAGAAUAAAGAAAGAGGUGGUGGCUGAAAAGCAAAGUAUAAAAGAUAUGGCAGCUCAAAUUGAACAUGAGGGAAAUGACAGAAAAGAAGCUCUGGAGAGGAUGCGUCUUGAGCUAGAAAAACAAAAGCAAACAAAUGAAACUGAAAAAGAUAUACUAGAAAACCAGAAAUCUGAAGUGGAAAGAAGCAAAACAGAGAUGGCUAGAGCAGAAGAAGAUCUUGCUGAAAAGAUAAAAAUGAAUGAUAUUGAUCGGAUAGAGAUAGAGAAGCAAACAAAUUCCCUUGAGCAAAUGAAGUUGAACAUCUCACAAGCGGAACGUGAUAUUAAACAAGCCAAGGACAGUUUAAAACAUCAAGAAAAUGAACUGAAUAUACGUACCUCACAACUUUAUGCACAACAAAAAGAAAUAGAAGCGAUACAGGAUAUUAUCAUGAAAGAGAAGAGUCAGCUUAAUGAAAAGCAGGCUGAAAUAGACAAUCAAAAGCGAGAACUGGAGAAUAUGAUGGACAGACUUGAGAAAGAGAGGACUGAUGUAAUGGAAGAAAGACAAAGAGUGAACGGCUUGCAAGUAGAACUGAAGCGGGAAAGUGAAAUAGUGGAUCUCAUGAAACAAGAAGUUCUCAGAGAAAAAGAAUCAAUUGAAAACAACAGGAAAAUACUGGACAGAAAUCAAGAGGAUAUGCAAGAAAAUAGAGCCAUCUUAUUGCAAGAGUUUGAGACCUUAAAAUACCAGAAACAAUUGAUUGGCAAAGAAAAGCAGGAAUUCUAUAAAAUGAAAACUGAGCUCCAACAGGAAAAAGAAGAUAUUGCUAAACUAAGGGAAUGCAUAGAAAAUGACAGGCAGAAGGCUAAGGAAAUGGUAAACAAACUUCAAAAAGAAAAGGAAGAUAUAGAGACUUAUUUUGCCAGGAUAAGAUCAGAGGAAGCAGACCUAAGAAAACAAAUACAAACAACUGAAUCUGAAAAGGAAAAGUCUGUCCUGGAGGAAACUAAGACAGAGAUAUCCAGAGCGAACGAAAAUCUUCAGGACCAACUUGAAUCGCAUAAAAGACACAAUGAAGAAACACUGGCUGAGAUACACAAAGAGAAACAGAUUCUCGAGCAGUUAAGAAUGAACAUAUCAAGACAGAGAGAUGAUCUAGAAAAGAACAUUGAGCAAACAAGAUACAAACAAGAAGAGUUGCAAAGUCUAAAAAUGGAAAUUCAGAAACAGCAAACGGAGAUAGAUGAGCAGAAGGUGAUGAUUUCCAUGGAGAAGAUUGGGCUUAGAGACAUUAAACUUCAAAUAGAUCAACAGAAAAGAGAGACAGAUGAAACCAAAGAACAGAUAAGGAGGGAGAGAGAUUAUAUAGAGAGGGAAAGAGCAGAAAUAAUACAUCAAAAACAGAAUAUGGAGGUAAAUUUGAGGGAAGAAUUAAAAAAGGAGAGUGAAAAGUUAGAACUGCUUAGAAAGGAGUUGUAUGAUGAAAAGGAAAUAAUUGACAACUGCAGGAAGAGCAUAAAAACAGAUAUGGAUGCUUUGGAACAAACAAAGCUUGAUGUAGUUAAAGAGUUGGAGAUGAUCAAGCUUCAGAAACAAAUGAUCGAGGAUGAGAAAAACAAGAUAAAAGCUGAGCUAAAAAGAGAAGCUGAAGACAUAGAGAAAAUAAAAGUAGUGAUGCAAAAUGAAAGACAGAAGCUUAAGGAAGCAACAACCCAUCUUCAAAAAGAUAGAGACAAUGUUCAGAGUCUUGCAGAGGAACUUGACAAGAAAAAAGUGGCUCUAGAAAAUGUGCAACACGAAAUAGAAAUGCAAAGGAAAGCAAACGAGUCGAAUAAACAGAUGCAAGAAAGGGCUCUAUCUGAGCUGAAGAAAACUGUGACGGAUAUAGCAAGAGCGAAGGAAGAUCUUGAAAACCAACUCGUUGAAGAAAGAGAAAAGAACAAGAACACACUAGCAGAAAAAGACACGCUUCUACCUAGAGAUAGUAUUUCAGAGCAACAGGAUAAACUGGAGCUCUUUAAAGUGGAACUGAAUAAUGAAAGAAAAUUAGCUGAGGAAAGGACACAAGUGUUAACAACAUACAACGCUGACAUAGAAGAAAAAAGAGCAGCCCUAGAGAGAGAGAUAAAGAAGCUUGAAUAUCAUAAAAAAGCUAUUCAAGAUGAGAAGGAUAGUGUAGAACAGAUGAAAAUUGAGGUGCAAAGAGAAGCUGAUGACAUCAGAAAGCUAAAAGAAGAAACACAAAUUGAAAGACAGAGUUUGGAAAAGAUGGCAGAAGAACUUCAGAAAGAGAGAGAAGAUAUUGUUCAUCUAGCUGAAGACACAAAGAGAAAAAAUGAGAUUCUGGAUGAAAUGAAAGCUGCAAAUGAUUCUUCAAUGGCAGAUCUACAAAGAGAGAAAAACAAUCUUGAGCAAAUGAGAGUAAACAUCUCCAAACAAACUGAUGAUAUUGAAAAUGAGAAAGAGAAAAUAAGACUAAGAGAGGAUGAAUUACAGCAACUUCAAGCAGAGAUUCAUAAACAACAAAGUGAAAUGAAAAACCUCAAACAAAUGAUCAUGACUGAGAAGCAGCAGCUUGAACUCAGAGAGACUGAAAUAGAAAAACAGCAGAAGGAGCUGGAUGACAUUGUGGAGUGUGCAAAGAAUGAGAAGAGCAUUAUUGAAAAUGAAAGCGCUGAAAUGAACAGGGAAAAACAGAACAUAAUGGCUGAGCUGAAAAAGACGUCUGAAGAUGUUGAGCUUCAUACGAAGGAGGUAUUGACUGAAAAGGAAGUGCUAGAAAAUGACAGACAACUGCUGAAGAGAGACCAGGAAAUUCUGCAACAAAAGCUAGUCAAUGUAGACUGUGACUCAUAUCGUCUGAAACUUGAGAGAGAAGCUUUGGGGAAUGAGAAGGAAGUGAUAAAACAGAUCAGAACUGACCUGCAAAGAGAAGCACAUGAGAUUGAGAAGAUCAAAUUAGAAACACAACAUGAAAGACAAAGGCUUGAUGAAAUGGCAGCUCAACUCCAGAAAGAGAGAGAAGAAAUCAAUAGUCUAAUUGUGGAAAUUAAAAAGAAGAGAGAUGUUCUGGAUGAAACCUUUACUGAAAUACAAAGGGAACAAGUAAUUGAAAGAGGUAAAGACUUGAUUAGAAGGGAAUGGUCUGACCUAGAGAAAACCAAAGCAGAGAUGUCUCAAUCCAAGGAAGAGCUUGAAAAACAAUUUUCUGAACAAAAAACAAACAUUGCAACCACAAUGGCAGAGAUACAAAAAGAGAGAAACAUGCUUGAACAGAUUAGUGAGAAAAUAACAAUAGAACAAAAUAUGCUUGAAGAUGAAAAGGAAGAAUUAAGAGUAGGAAAGGAAGAACUUGAAAGAAUACAGGCAGACAUGGAGAAGACUGAUUCAGAGAAAAUCACAACAGAAAUCGCUAAAGUCAACAAACUUCUUGCAGAACAGAAUGAGAUCACAAUAGAAGAGAUGCGGAGAGAGAGAGACACUCUUGAAGAAAUGAGGGUGAGCAUUUCAAAACAAGCGGAGACUAUUACAAAAGCUAAUGAAGAUGUUUCUCAAAGAGAAAGUGAACUCGCAAAGCUGCAGGAAGACAUUUUACAACAACAAGAUGAAAUGGAUGAACUGAAAAACACAAUCAUGAUGGAAAUGAGUCAGCUGGACCAGAGACAAACUGACAUUGAUCAAUUACAACGGGAGGUUGAUGAUCUAAUGGAAUUCACAAAGACAGAAAUGACCAACCUAGAAAGAGAAAGAGUGGAAAUGAUGGCACAGAAGAGAAACAUGGAGAGAGAUAUGGUGAGUAUAGAGGAAGAAAAGAAGGCCUGUGAACAACUGAGACUAAAAUUAUUUGAGGAAAAGGAUCGGGUUGAAAAAGACAGAGAACUGUUGACCAAAAAUAUGUAUCAUAUGGAGAGGCAGAAAAUGGAUAUGGAGAAAGAAUUAAAGAAUCUAAAAGUUGAGAAACAAACCAUUCAAUAUGAAAAGGAGGAACUAGAGAGAAUGAAAAUUGACCUUCAAAGACAAGCUGAAGACUUGGAGCAACGAUCUGAGAAAAGAAAAAAUGAAAGACAGGGGCCAGAAGAGAUGGGAGACAAAUUUAAAAAGCAGAUAGACAUCAGUGGUAUUCCUGCGGAUGAGACAGAGAAGCAGAGAAUGGAAAUUCAGUCCACCAAAGACUUGCUUCAAGAAGAAAGAUCUGAGCUGGAGAAAACCAAGGCAGAGAUAAACCAAGCUGAGAAAGAACUAGAGAGACAAAGGACUGACUUACAGAGAGAAAAAGACAUUCUUAAGCAAGUGAGUACAAAUAACUUGAGACAAACAGCUCAAAUCGAAGAUGAGAAGGAAAAAAUACAACACAAAGAGAAUGAACUAGAACAAAAGAUAGCAGAACUUCAAAAUAAACAAAAAGAAAUGGAUGACAUGAAAAACAACGUUUUAAAAGAAAAAGCUGAAAUGGAGAAUCUAGAACAAAAGAGGGCCGAGUUGGCUAGAGUCUUGGAAAACUUCCAAACUGAGAAACAAGCUUUUAAAAAUGAGCAAGAUAAGCUGGAAAAGAAGAGAGAGGAUAUUGAGAAGUUAAAGCUAGACAUUCAAAAAGAAGGGCAGAGGGCUGCAGAAGAGUUAGAAAAAGAGAGGCAACAAUUUGCUAAGGAGAUCAAAAUGAAAAAUGACACCCUGGAUGAAAUAAAAGCCGAGAUAGAAAGACAGAAACAAGCCAUUGCUGUAGACAAAGCGAUCAUUACAAAAGAAAAGAUGGAUCUGGAAAAAAACAAGGAAUAUUUCAAAAGACAAUCCGAGGAGAGUGGCAUCACACGUGCAGAUCUGCAGAAAGAGAGAGCUAGUCUUGAUCAGAUGAGUGUGGAGAUUUUUAAGCAGAAACAGGACCUAGAGAGAGAAAGACGUGAACUCUUAGAGCAGCAUCAGCUGAUGGAAACAUUAAAGAAGGACAUUGAAAAUGUUGAACAACUCAGAAAAGAGCUUUCAGAUCAAAAGGAAGUGACUGAGAAAAGCAGGACACAACUGAAACAAGACAUAGAUGAUAUGGAACAAAACAAAUCAAAUCUGCAUAAAGAAUUACAUGAGAUAAAAGUUCAAAAACAGGAUAUUCAAGAUGAAAGAGCUCAACUAGAGCAAAUUAAAGCUGAGUUAGCAAAAGAAAGAGAAACAAAUUAUGAAAUGUUGAGAGAGGCUAAGAAAGAAAUGGAGAAAUUGGAGGAGAUCAAAUUAAAUAUUGUAAUCCAAAAAGAAGAGUUUGAGACUAAAAGACAGUCAGAAGUAGAGGAACUCAUUGGUAUGAGAGCUGAAAUAUUCAAACAGAAAGAGGAAUUAGAGGACAAGAUGCAAAAGACUAAACGUGAGAUGAAAGAAUUGAAGCUUCUUCAGGAUGAAACUGAUGGCAAGAGGAAAGAUCUUGAACACAAGAUGAGACAGGCAGCAAGAAAGAAAGAUGAGCUGGAGAACAUGAGAACUGAUAUUGAAAGUGCAAAUGAGAAACUUGAAAUGAACAGGGCCAUGUUAAGUAUAGAGCUUGAUGAGAUGGAGCGAAUGAAAGAUAAGAAACAACGAGCAGGAGAGGAACUACAUAUGGAAGAGAGAGGUGGAGAUCUGGAAGAGAAAGAACAAAUAAACACCAAGAUACAGAGGCUUAUUAGAGAGGCUGAAAAGACUAGAGAAAUAGCUUGGAGAACAAAACAUGACCUGGAAAGAAACUUGCAGAGAGAUGCUAAUGUUCAAGCGGAUUCAGAGGGAAGGCAAGAAACGAGUGCUUACAUGCAGAGGCUGAUCCAGGAAAUUGAGCAUGUCAGAGAGGUUCUCAGAAGAAUGAAAGAUGAAAUCAAAGCUGCUAGAAAAGAAAGAUUUGAACUGGAGAACAUGAGGGUGGAAGUUGAAGCCAUGAAACAGAGCUUGAAAGAAACAUAUGAGAAACAGAACAAUGAGAUACAAAAAGAGAGACAGCAAAUAGAAAGUACCAAAGACUUGUUGAGCAGAGAGCGAAGUGAUCUUGAGCAAAGUAGAGCCGAUUUGGAGAGACAAAAACAAGAAAUGGCAUUGGACAAACUAAAACUCCAUGAUGAAAAUGAACUGCUGAAGACAGAAAAAGCUGACAUGAAGAAACAAUAUGAAAGCUUUCUAAAAGAAACAACUAGUGAAAGUGCAGUAAAAACACUUACACUUUCUAAGAAAAAAGAAACAAGGAGAGAUUCAGAGGAAUUAAAAGAGAAAAUGAAAACAUUAAGCAUGGACAACCAGCAAGAAGAAAGCGAGAGUGAGAGAGAUAAAGUUAAAAGACAAAUAGACAAACUGACAGAGUUGAAGGCAGAGAUGGAUCAACAGCAGGUAGAACUUGAGAAAAAUAAAGCAGACUUAAAACAUCAGAUGGACGAGCUAGAAAACAUGAGGUCUGAGAUAAUAAAACAUGAAAAGGACACGAGAGAGGUGGAGCUGAUGGAUAUACAGAGACAGAGAGAGGUCCUAGAAACAAGGAUUCAGAAAAUGAUGCAUGAGAAGGGAGAACUGGAGGUCUUAAGGUCUGAGAUAGUCAUAGAAAAGAAAGAUCUGGACCAGAAGAUGAAACAAAUGACGAGAAAGAGGGAUGAGAUGGAGAAAAUGAAGACUGAUAUAGCAAAGGCCAAAGAGGAGAUGAACAGAGACCGGCAGGAGCUGGAAAUACUCAGGAAUGAUGUUCAAAGCUCAAGAGAGGAUUUCAAAUUAUUGGUGGAGAAAACUGUGAACUUAGAAAAGGAAGAAAGUACCAACGCAAACAUCCAAAGCCUGAUACUAGAGGUUGUGAAAAUCAGCGAAAUGGUGAGAAAUCUAAAAGUUGACAUGGAGAACAGGAUGGAGCAAAGUAAGGUGGUGAGAGAUGAAAAGGAAAACUUCAAGUCUGAGAUCCAGAGGCUCAUUCAAGAUAUUGGACAAAUACAGGAACAUCUUGGAAGCCUUAGAGAAGAGUUAGAAACUGUCAGAAGAGACAAGAAUGAACUGGAAGAGAUGAGGGCAGAACUUGUAGAGAAGCAACAGGCAGGAGAGAGGAUGCUGCAGAAAGAAAGAGAAAAACUGGAGCAGCUGAAACAUGAGAUAAACAGAGAAAAAGAGGAUACAGAGACCAAGAGAAAGCUGGUUGAGGUAGAAAUAGAUAAAGAAAAAAUGGAAGAGUUCAAGGACACAAGAAAGAACAAGGAAGAACUGCAAUUGGACACUGAGGAACUCUUGAGAAACAAGAGUGAUCUCAACAAAGAUAUAGAAAACCUGAGGCAAACCAUGGAAGAAAUGAAAACACUUCAUGACAAGAAAAGGGCUGAACUGGAAGGAAUUAUUUCUGAAGUAAAGAAGAAAGACCAGAUGCUGGAGAAGCAGAAACAUGAGUUGGAGGAGAAGGGCUGGAUUAUUAAAGAAAUAGAGAAAAAGAAACACACACUUGAACAGAUCAAUAUGGAAAUCCUGAGGAAGAGAGAAGAUAUAGAAAAAGAAAUGGAAAAUUUAAGGCACGAGAAGCAAGAGCUGGAGUUCUUUAGAGGUGAACUCCAGAGACAGAGAGUUGAUGUUGAAUCUUCAAAACAAGCUUUGAUCACGGAGAAAGAUCGGUUAGAAUAUGAUCAAGCGGAAAUCAAUCAACAAAGACAUGAAGUGCGUGCUGCCAUGAAAGCAUAUGAUGUGGAUCUGGAAAAUCUAGAAAAGAUGAGGAAUGAACUAGAAAAUGAGAGGGCUAAACUUGACGAAAAGUUCCAUGAUGCCACAAAAGGAGAGAAGAAACUACAUGAGAUGAAGAGUGUACUAAACGAAGAAAAAGAGCAAGUGGAAGUAAUGAAGCAGAUGUUCAUCACAGAGAGACAUUUGAUUGAACAGGAGAAUGCCGAGCUUCAGAAGAAGUCAGAGAUCACUGAAAGACUCAUUCAGGAAGCAAACAAUGAGAGAGAGAGAUUAACCGACCUCAGUAUAAAACUUCAAAUGCAAAGAGAAGAUAUAGAGACUAUCAACACAGAAAUAGAGACCAGGAAGAAAGAUCUCAAUAUAAUGAGUGCAGAACUUCAAGAUGAUAAGAUUCAACUGAAAAAUGACAGGGAUGUUUAUGAAAGGGAAAUGACACAUCUGCAGUUUAAGAGGAAAGAGUUAGUGAUGGAAACAGAGGACCUGGAAAGAAAAACCUUACAGCAGAAAGAACAAGAUGAGAUGGCGAAACGAGAGAUUCAAAAUCAGAAAGAUGCUCUAGAGCAAAUGAAGAUGGACAUUCUGAAGGAAAGGGAUGAUUUUGACAAAGAGAAGAAAAAAUUACAUUCAGAGCAACAGAAACUGGAUACACGUCAAAGAGAACUGCAAAGAAAGGAAAGUGAGCUUGAAAAUAGAGUAAAAACUUUUAUGGAAGAGCAGCAGCAGCUGACUCAAGAUGAAAUGUAUAAAAUCAAGAAGGAGAUUGAAAGGAAUCUGGAAAGAAAGGAGGCUGAAAUUCAAGAGGAGAGACAGAGAUUAAUGGAAAUGGGUGAAACAAUGACAAGAGAACGCAAUGAAUACAGAAAGCUGAUUGAAGAAGUGCAGAAAGAAAAAGAGCAGAUUGAAAUCAGCAAAAAGUUGAUGGAUCAAGAGAUGGACGAUCUUGAAAAUAUGAAAAAUGGUCUGGAGAUGCAAUUACAAAAUCUAAGACAUGACAAACUGUAUGUACAAGAAGAGAUGAAAGCACUAGAAGAGAUAAGAGCAGAAUCUAAAGAGAUUCAAAACGUUAUCAAGAAGGAAAGACAGGAUCAUGAGAAAUGCUGGGAGGAGAUUGAGGGUGAAAAGCAAAGGGUGGAAGUAGAAAUCAGACAAUUAGAGAGACAGAGGGAAGAAACGUAUAAACUCCACAGCGAGUUGCAAAUAAUAAGAGAUGACAUUGAAAGCAGGAAAGAAAAGAUUGAUAAAGAAAUGGAAGAAUUGUUGCAAAUGAGGGUUGAACUGGAGAGAACAAAAGUGGAAAUCAAAAAGGAUAAUCAACAACUACAAGAUGAUAAAUUUGACCUUGAAAAGACAAAAGCUGAGAUAAAGAUACAGACAGAUAAAUUGAUACUAAUAGACACUAAUUUAAAGGAGAGAGAAAGAGAAAUGAAAAUCCAACUAGAUAAAGACAGAGAAGAAAUUAAAUGUUUGUCCAAAGGGACUGAAAUGAAAAUGAUAGACCUUGAUUUGACAAUGAAGGAGAUGGAGAGACAAAAGCAAGAAACUGAGAAAACAAAAGUGAUGCUUGAAAAGGAAAAGACAGAAAUUGAUCAAGAAAAGAAAGAAUUGGAAAACCAAAUGAUAGGCCAGACUGAGCAGAUAGAAAAGGAAAGACUGGCCCUUAAGGAGAUGAAGGAAGAACUUCUUCGUGAAAAACAAGAAAUGGAGGAAGAGAGGAGUAACUUGGUGACUUUAAGCAACAACCUAGAAGUUUCAAGAGCAGAGUUGAGGAACAAGCAAAAGGAAAUUGAGAUUUUGAAGAAGAAACUUAUUUUGGAAAAAUCUAACAUUGAGGAAUUGCAGAUUGAGAUACUUAACCAGCAGCGUCAGAAUGAUCAAACCAGUGAGGAAAACAAGAAAGAGAGAGAAGAUCUGGAAAAACAGAGGUUUGAAUCUGAACAGCAGAAACAGAUGUUGGAGCUUAGCAUCAUUAAAAUUAACGAGGAGAAGCAAAAACUUCAGAAAGCCAAAGAAGAAAUGGAAAACAUGACCAACAAAGAAAAAGACAAGGUUGAACAAAUGCAAGCUGAGAUACACAGCCACAUUCAGUCGACUGAACUACAAAUGCAACUCAUGCAAGACAAGCAGAAUGCUCUUGAGGAAAAAGAGCUAAACAUACUGAGGCGGGAAAAGGAAGUAGAGAGGAGAAACACAGAAUUAGAUGGAAUCGCUGCUCAGCUUCACAUUGAACAGGAACAUUUAGAUAAUGUUCUUGAGGAAACCAAUAAGAGACAGCAUGCACUUGAAGUGAUAAAAUUACAAAAUAAUAAGGAAUUUGAGUUGCUUGAGGAGAUACGGCAUGAAAUAGACAAUGAAAAGAUAGAAAUGAAGCAGAAACAAGAUGAUCUGCAGAUCUGGACUAAACAACAGAAAGAUAAGGUUCAAGUCCAGUUAGAGGAGCUAGAGAAUGAAAGAGAAAAACUUGAAAAAAUGAAGAUUCUUGCUGAGAGAGAACAAUCUGAAAAAGAGAGAGCUGAUAUAAAUAGGGUAAAUGGUGAAAUAGAGACAAUGAGACAAACAGUGAUAAUUCAGAAGACUGAGCUGCAGCAGAGAGAGAAAUAUAUUACUGAGCAGCAGCAAAGACUGGAUCAAAGUGUAAAAGAGAUAACAGAAGAAAGAAGUGAAAUGGAUAAGAUGAGGCUUGGACUAGAAGCUAAGAGACAACAAAUUGAAGAUGACAUGAACACUAUUGCAAAGCAGGAACAAGAACUUGCAGAACUGAGAGAUGAAAUACAAAGAGAAAAACAAGAAAUUGGUGAGAACAGGAACAUUAAUAACAAGUUAAUGAAAGAUCUGGAAAUCAUAAAAGCCAAGCUGGUGGAACGACAAGAAGUGAUCCAAACUGAAGCAGAAAAACUCCAAAAGGAAAGGGAACUAGUUGACAAGACAAAAUCUGAGGUUCAGAAUGAUGCUGAAAAUCUGAAAAACAUCUCUGAAGAGAUCAAAAGGAAGCAAGAACAAAUUGAGAUUAGGGAGGCUCACCUUAAACAAAUGACGGAGCAAUGUGUCAAUACCAUGGAAGAAACUAAGAGGAAGAAAAGUGAACUAGAAAAAAAUCUUGAUGACAUAGAAGAGCAAAAUCAAAUGAUUAAGACAGAGAAAGAACAUCUGGAAAAAGAGAGAAAUAACAUUGAAAAGGAAAAAGAAGAUUUGCAAAGACGAGCUGAAGACCUGGAGAAGCACAUGACAGAACAAAAAGAAAAAGAAGAGAUGAGUAAAAGGAGGUUUAAUGACGAGGAAAAGCUUCUUGAGGAAAAGGCUGGUGAAAUUCUGAGACAAAGAGAUGAAAUGGAAGAAAUCAAAUAUGAGUUACAGACUGAAAAGACUAAAAUGAAUCAACAGCAGCAAAGACUGGAGGAGAUUACAAGAGCUGUGAAUGAGGAGAGGAGAGAUCUGGAGAACAUGAGGAAUGAAUGUGAAAAAUACAGACAACAAAUGGAAGAAGAGAGAAGAUUAAAAGCAAAGAUGGAGAGAGAGGAACUUGAUCAAAUGAAGAGUGAUCUGGAAAGACAGAAAACUGAAAUAGAUAAUGAGCAGAAGAAAAUAGAUGAUGACAGAAAGAAGGUGAGCUCUGAAAUAAUGACACAAAGAAAGGAAAUAGAAGAAGAAAGAUCAGAACUUGACAACAAAACAAAAGAGAAUGAACUAGAAAAAUGUGAAAUUGAAAGGAGCAGAGAAAUUGUUCAGAAAUUAUUGGAUGAAGUGAAAGAACAGAGAAAUUAUAUUAAACGUCAUCAAGAAGAACUUGAACUUGAGAGACAAAAUAUCACUGAUGAAAACGUUUUUCUGGCUCAACUAAAGACUGAACUGCAAAAAGAAAGUGAACAUAUCAGAUACAUGGAAGACGAAAUAAAGAAGGAGAAAGAAACACUGAAGGAAAUGGAAGCUCAUCAACAAAAGGAAAAAGAAGAAAUUGAGAGUGUUACUGAAGAAACAAACAGACGAAAAGAAGAUCUUGAAAGAAUGUACACAGACAUAAAUGAACAAAAACAAGAGUUGAGAAAACACAGAGAGAUUCUAGAGCAGGAGAGAGAAGAAAUGAAUAAUAAAUGGAUACAGUUACAGCAGAGAAUUGAUGAAUUUGAUACUCAAGUCAGACAACAGAAGGAAAAGCAUUUAAUGAGACAGGAGAAAAUGGAAGAAGAAAGAAAAGGUCUAGAAGAGACCAGAGUCAAAAUUCUGGAGCUGGAAACUAAAGCUGAGCAGGAACGUCAAGACAUAAACCAAAAAACACAAGAGUUGAAUGCACUGCAAAAACAUAUUAUGAAAGAAAAAGAGAAAUAUGAAGACAUGAGAGUAAAAGCACAGAUAGACAGAAAAGAACUUGAUCAAAUUAAGAGGGAACUUGAACAAGAGAAAACUGAAAUGGAUAAUGACAGAAAGAUGACGGAACAGGAAAGAAAAGAGCUGCAUAAGAUGAGGUCAGACAUAAUGACAGAAAGAGAGCAAAUGGAAGAAAUGAGAGAAGCAAUCAAACUAGAGAGGGCCACACUUGACCAGAAAAUACAAGAGACUGAUCUAGAAAAGGAUGAAAUUGAAAAGAACAAAGAAAUAGUUCAGAAAUUAAUGGAUAAAGUAGAAGAGCAGAGAAAUCAUAUUAAACUCCAGAAAGAAGAACUUGACCUUGAAAGACGGAAGAUCACUGAUGAAAAAUAUCUUAUAGAUCAACAUAAGAUUGAACUUCAAAAAGAAAGUGAACAGAUCAGAUACAUGGAGGAAGAAAUAAAGAAGGAGAAAGAAACACUGAAGGAAAUGCAAACUCAUCUACAAAAGGAAAAGGAAGAAAUUGAGAGUGUCGCUGAAGAAACAAACAGACGAAAAGAUGAACUGGAAAGAAUGAACACCAACAUAAAUGAACAAAAACAAGAGUUGAAGAACUGCAGAGCCCUUCUAGAACAAGAAAGGGAAGAAAUAAACCAAAAAUGGACAGAUUUACAACAGAGAAUUGAUGAAUUUGAUGCUGAAGUCAACAAACACACGGAAGAACGGCUAAUAGAACAAAAGGAAAAAGAUGAAGAAAGAAAAAGUCUAGAACAGACCAAAGUCAAGAUCCUGGAUCUGAAGAAUAAAGCUGACCAGGAACAUCAUGAUGUACACCUAAAAAUACAAGAGUUAAACACACUGCAAGUACAGAUUAUUAACGAAAAAGAGCAACUUCAAGAAAUCAGAAGCAAAACUUUGGAUGAAACAGCCAUACUUGAGAUGAGAGCUGCUGAGAUAAUACAACAACAACAAACACUGGAUGAGAAUCUGAAAAGGAUGAGGUAUGAGAAAAAUGAACUUCAUAUGAUGCAAAAGGAACUUCAGGCUGAAAGACAACAAAUGGAAGAGGAAAUAAAUACAAAAACUAGUGAACUAAUCAGAGAACAACAAGAAAAUGAAAUAUACAAGAACAUGACAAACAAAUUAACAGAAGAGAUGAACUUCAUGAAAGCUAAACUAGCUGCACAACAAGAAGAAAUGCGCGUUGAAAAAGAAAAAUUUAAUGAAGAGAGAAAAGAAUUUGAGCAAUUAAAGAUUGAUAUAGAAAGAGAGAAUCAAGAACUCUGUAAUAAUAAAGACAUCAUAAAUAAACUAAAAGAAGAACUUCAUCUGGCAAAGGAGAGGAUGGAUAUGAACAGUAAGCAGUUUCAAUUACAGAUACAUACAGAAAAAGAGAUGAUUUCUAAAAUGAAGGCCCAGCUUCAAAGUGGGAAAGAUGAAUUUGACCAUAGCCGAGAAAAAAUGAGAAGGAAGACAGAAGAAAUGGAAAAAGAAUGGGCAGCAAUAGAAGCAGAAAAACAAACUCUACAACAAAACAGCAAUGAAAUCUUGAGAGAAAGGGAAGACAUGAAUAAGGAAAAAGAGUGCAUUUUGAAAAAGAAAGAUGAACUGGAACAGCUUCAGGCAGAAAUCCUGAAACAAAGAAAUGAAUGUGAAAACAUUACAACAGAUACAUAUAUGCUUGAAAUGUUAAGAACUGAGUUAGAUCAUAAGCAGCAGAAGAUGGAAGACGACAGGAAGGUGAUGGAACAGGAAAGAAAAGACUUGGAGAGGAUGAAGUUUGAAAUAAUGACGCAAAAAAUGCAAAUGGAGAAAGAACUGCAAAAGGAAAUCAAAUCAGAGAGAGCGGAAAAGGUCCAGAAAACACAAGAGACUGAUUUAGAAAAAGAUGAGAUUGAAAAGAAGAAAGAAAUAGUUCAGAAACUAAGUGAUGAGGUGGAGGAAGAGAGAGAUUAUCUAAAACGUCAAAAAGAAGAAACCAAAUUUGAAAGUCAAAAGAUGACAACUGAAAAAGAUACUCUCACUCAAAUUAAGACUGAACUGCAAAGAAAAAGUGAGCAAAUUAGGUACAAAGAAGAGGAAAUAAAGAAGGAGAGAGAAACACUGAAGGAAAUGGAAGCUCAUCUACAAAAGGACAAAGAAGAAAUUAAGGGUGUCAUUGAGGAAACAAACAGACAAAAAGAAGAUCUGGAAAGGAUGAGCACAAACAUAAAUGAACAAAAGCAAGAGCUGAGGAAACGCAGACACCUUAUAGAACAAGAAAGAGAAGAAUUAAAUCAUGAAUGGACAAAGUUACAACAGAGAAUUCAUGAAUUUGAUGCUCAAGUAAGUAAACAGAAGGAAGAUUAUAUGGAAGAACAGAAAAAGAUUGAAGAAGACAGAAAAAGCCUAGAAGAAAACAAAGCUAAGAUCUUGGAGUUGAAGAUUAAAGCUGACCAGGAACAGAUUAUGAAAGGAAAGGAGUUGGAAGAAGGAGAAAUGAGACUUGAUCAGAUAAAGAGUGAACUGGAAAGAGAGAAAACUAAAAUUGAUCAUGAGCAGAAGAAAAUGGAUAACGACAGAAAAACGAUUGAAUGGGAAAGAAAAGAGCUGCAUAAGAUGAGGUCAGACAUAAUGACAGAAAGAGAGCAAAUGGAAGACAUGAGAGAAGCAAUCAAACUAGAGAGGGCCACACUUGACCAGAAAAUACAAGAGACUGAUCUAGAAAAGGAUGAAAUUGAAAAGAACAAAGAAAUAGUUCAGAAAUUAAUGGAUAAAGUAGAAGAGCAGCGAAAUUAUAUUAAACUCCAGAAAGAAGAACUUAACCUUGAAAAACAAAAGAUCACUGAUGAAAAAUAUCUUAUAGAUCAACAUAAGAUUGAACUUCAAAAAGAAAGUGAACAGAUCAGAUACAUGGAGGAAGAAAUAAAGAAGGAGAAAGAAACACUGAAGGAAAUGCAAACUCAUCUACAAAAGGAGAAGGAGGAAAUUAAGAGUGUCGCUGAAGAAACAAACAGACGAAAAGAUGAUCUGGAAAGAAUGAACACAGACAUAAAUGAACAAAAGCAAGAGUUGAAGAACUGCAGAGCCCUUCUAGAACAAGAAAGAGAAGAAAUAAAUCAGAAAUGGACAGAUUUACAAGAGAGAAUUGAUGAAACUGAGCAGACAAAGACUGUUUCUAUGAGGGAUGCCCUGGAGGAGACCAGAAAGAAAGAAGAAAAAACAGAAAUGGAAGAAAAACUUAAACAGGCUAACAAGGAAUAUGAAAGUGCCAUAGAAGAAAUAAACAGGAGAAAGAAUGAACUACAGAAUUCUGUGUUUGAUAUAUCACAACAAAAUCAAAAGAUAGAGACAGAGAAAGAUCUCCUGAAGAAGGAGAGAAAUAACAUUGAAAAGGAAAAAGAAGAUUUGCAAAGACGAGCUGAAGACCUGGAGAAGCACAUGACAGAACAAAAAGAAAAAGAAGAGCUGAGUAAAAGAUCAAUGGAUGAUGAGAAGAAGCUUCUUGAGCAGAAGGCUGGCGAGAUCCUGAGACAGAAAAAUCAAUUAGACAAAGAAAAAGAGGACAUGAUGAAGAAAUGGAAUGAGUUGAAUGUUCUUCAAUGGAAAAUACAAAAACAAAGAGACGAAAUUGAAGAAAUCAAAUAUGAGUUACAGAGUGAAAAGACUAAAAUGAAUCAACAGCAGCAAAGACUGGAGGAGAUUACAAGAGCUGUGAAUGAGGAGAGGAGAGAUCUGGAGAACAUGAGGAAUGAAUGUGAAAAAUACAGACAACAAAUGGAAGAAGAGAUAAGAUUAAAAGCAAAGAUGGAGAGAGAGGAACUUGAUCAAAUGAAGAGUGAUCUGGAAAGACAGAAAACUGAAAUAGAUAAUGAGCAGAAGAAAAUAGAUGAUGACAGAAAGAAGAUGAGCUCUGAAAUAAUGACACAAAGAAAGGAAAUAGAAGAAGAAAGAUCAGAACUUGACAACAAAACAAAAGAGAAUGAACUAGAAAAAUUUGAAAUUGAAAGGAGCAGAGAAAUUGUUCAGAAAUUAUUGGAUGAAGUGAAAGAACAGAAACAUUAUAUUAAACGUCAUCAAGAAGAACUUGAACUUGAGAGACAAAAUAUCACUGAUGAAAAAGUUUUUCUGGCUCAACUAAAGACUGAACUUCAAGAAGAAAGUGAACAUAUCAGAUACAUGGAAGACGAAAUAAAGAAGGAGAAAGAAAGACUGAAGGACAUGGAAGCUCAUCUACAAAAGGAAAAAGAAGAAAUUGAAAGUGUUACUGAAGAAACAAACAGACGAAAAGAAGAUCUGAAAAGAAUGAACACAGACAUAAAUGAACAAAAACAAGAGUUGAGAAAACACAGAGAUAUUCUAGAGCUGGAGAGAGAAGAAAUGAAUAAUAAAUGGAUACAGUUACAGAAGAGUAUUGAUGAAUUUGAUACUCAAGUCAAAAAACAAGAGAAAAAGCAUUUAAUGAAACAGGAGGAGAUGGAAGAAGAAAGAAAAGGUCUAGAAGAGACCAGAGUCAAAAUUCUGGAGCUGGAAACUAAAGCUGAGCAGGAACGUCAAGACAUAAACCAAAAAACACAAGAGUUGAAUGCACUGCAAAAACAUAUUAUAAAAGAAAAGGAGAAAUAUGAAGACAUGAGAGUAAAAGCACAGAUAGACAGAAAAGAACUUGAUCAAGUUAAGAGGGAACUUGAACAAGAGAAAACUGAAAUAGAUGAUGACAGAAAGAUGACGGAACAGGAAAGAAAAGAGCUGCAUAAGAUGAGGUCAGACAUAAUGACAGAAAGAGAGCAAAUGGAAGAAAUGAGAGAAGCAAUCAAACUAGAGAGGGCCACACUUGACCAGAAAAUACAAGAGACUGAUCUAGAAAAGGAUGAAAUUGAAAAGAACAAAGAAAUAGUUCAGAAAUUAAUGGAUAAAGUAGAAGAGCAGAGAAAUCAUAUUAAACUCCAGAAAGAAGAACUUAACCUUGAAAGACGGAAGAUCACUGAUGAAAAAUAUCUUAUAGAUCAACAUAAGAUUGAACUUCAAAAAGAAAGUGAACAGAUCAGAUACAUGGAGGAAGAAAUAAAGAAGGAGAAAGAAACACUGAAGGAAAUGCAAACUCAUCUACAAAAGGAGAAGGAGGAAAUUAAGAGUGUCGCUGAAGAAACAAACAGACGAAAAUAUGAUCUGGAAAGAAUGAACACAGACAUAAAUGAACAAAAGCAAGAGUUGAAGAACUGCAGAGCCCUUCUAGAACAAGAAAGAGAAGAAAUAAAUCAGAAAUGGACAGAUUUACAACAGAGAAUUGAUGAAAAUGAGCAAACAAAGACUGUGUCUAUGAGGGAUGCCCUGGAGGAGACCAGAAAGAAAGAAGAAAAAACAGAAAUGGAAGAAAAACUUAAACAGGCUAACAAGGAAUAUGAAAGUGCCAUAGAAGAAAUAAACAGGAGAAAGAAUGAACUACAGAAUUCUGUGUUUGAUAUAUCACAACAAAAUCAAAAGAUUGAGACAGAGAAAGAUCUCCUGAAGAAGGAGAGAUAUAAUAUUGAAAAGGAAAAAGAAGAUUUGCAAAGACGAGCUGAAGACCUGGAGAAGCACAUGACAGAACAGAAAGAAAAAGAAGAGCUGAGUAAAAAAUCAAUGGAUGAUGAGAAGAAGCUUCUUGAGCAGAAGGCUGGCGAGAUCCUGAGACAGAAAAAUCAAUUAGACAAAGAAAAAGAGGACAUGAUGAAGAAAUGGAAUGAGUUGAAUGUUCUUCAAUGGAAAAUACAAAAACAAAGAGAGGAAAUGGAAGAAAUCAAAUAUGAGUUACAGAGUGAAAAGACUAAAAUGAAUCAACAGCAGCAAAGACUGGAGGAGAUUACAAGAGCUGUGAAUGAGGAGAGGAGAGAUCUGGAGAACAUGAGGAAUGAAUGUGAAAAAUACAGACAACAAAUGGAAGAAGAGAUAAGAUUAAAAGCAAAGAUGGAGAGAGAGGAACUUGAUCAACUGAUGGCCAAUAUAUUAAUGAAACAAAGAGAAACUGAAAAGAGUGAGGAUGUGAUAGACCAGCUAAAGAAGGAAAUGGAGCAAACAAAAGCCAGACUCAAGGCUCAAGAGGAGCAAAUCAAACUGGAAUCGCAAAUAGUUCAAGAUGAGAGGAAAGAUCUGGAACAGUCCAAGGCUGAAAUCAAGAGACAGAUUGAUGAAAUAAAGCUCAUGAAAGAGCAGACACACCAGUUAGUAAAAGACAACGAAGUGUUUGAUAAACUAAAAGAAGAACAUCUAUCGGGACAUCAUGUUCAACAGAAGAGAAAAGAAACGGCAUCUCAGGAAAAACAGAUACAGACAGAUGAAGUCAGCAGACUCUUAACUGAGAUUCAAAGGGAAAGGGAUGAACUUGAAAGAAACAAAAUAAUAUUUGAACAUCAGGGAGAGGCACUGGACGAGAUGAAGAGUAAACAACCGAUGCAAAAACUAGAAGUCAUUUUGGUUAGUUCUGCUACACAAACAUCUGAUCUUGACAACAUACCUGUAGCUGAGAUUUCAUCUCCUCAGGAACAGAUUGUUGAGGAACAUAUAGACAUUCCUAAGGAAUAUACAACUUUCAUAUCAAAAGAGAGGGAAGAUGAAGUAGAGAGAAUGGAAGGUCAGGAGGACACAGAGCUCAAAAUGAGAAUAGCAGAAAUGGACCUAGAAAAGACUAGACUUGUUUUACAGAGAGACCCGAAAGAAAUUGAGACAAUGAGGCAACAUACUGACAGAGAGAAGAAUAAUCUGGAGAAACAUAAAGCCGCUCUUCAGAAACAAUAUGAAGAGAUGGAGAUCUGCAGACAGAAUAUGGAAAAUGAAAGAUCUGAAUUAGAAAUGACUCGAGAUAAAAUUAAGAUGGACAUUGAAGAAAUUUUAAUGGAGACCAAGAGCAAACAGGAGAGAAUAGAAAAUAUGGAAGAUGAACUUCAAAAAAAGAAGAGAGAAAUGGAAACCAUCUCAGACGAUAUGAAAAAGAGACAAGAAGAGUUGGACUUCAUAAAUACAGAGAUAAAAAUAAAGAGACAACAUAUGGUGGACUCCAAAGAUACUGAGGGACAUGAUUUAACUGACAUACCUGCAGAAAGUGAGGAGUCUAUAAAAAGACACAUGGAAGAAAUAAAGAAUCAAAAGGAGGCAUUACAGAAGGAGAGGAAUGAAACUGAAAAAAUACUCACUGGGCUGCAGAAGGAGCAAAUGGAAAUGGAGAUGCGGCAGGCAAUGUUAGACUCAGAAAGAAAUGAACUGAAUAGAAUGAGAGUUGAUCUGGAGAUGCAAAAAGGGGAGCUUAGGCUUAUGCAACAAAACAUAGAGACUGAAAAAGACAAGCUAAAAUCAAGGUUAAGGAGAGCAGAGCACCUAGAGGUACUUUUGGAGGACGUACUGAAAGAAAAGGACAGGGUAGAAGAAAUGGCAGCCCAACUUUCCAAAGAACAGAAAGAGUUUCAAAUGAUUAUGACUGAGACAAAUAAAUGGAUAAAGGAGAUAAAACAGAUUGAAGAGGAAGUUAAAACAAAGCAAGAAGAAAUGGAGCACAAUGAAGAAGUGAGACAAAAAGAUUUACGUCUGAGUAGAGAAAAACUUGAAAAAAUGAUGACUGAAAUCCACAGUGAAAGAGAAGAAAUUCUGAAAAUGCGAAAGGAGUGUGAGAGAGAAAAACAUGAACUGGAGCAAAUGAAAACAGAUUUGCAGAAAGAAGAACCACAGAAAAUGAAUGCAGAAGUGCAAUAUGAUGAAACCCACAAUGUUAUGGACUCAUUGAAAGAAGAGAAAGAAGAAAUAGAAAGGAUGAAAGUCGACCUCCAGAACGAGCAGAGAAAACAUGAAAACAUGAUGGACAUUAUAAAAAGAGAGAAGACUGACCUGGAACAGAAUAAAGCUGAAAUAAAACAAAUGACUGCAGAAAUAAGAACAGACAGUGAUAAGAAAUUACAAGAUGAAAUUAUGAAGACUGAAGCAAUCCUCAACGAAACCAAGAAACAGAAGAAUGACCUGGAACAGAUGAAUGACAAUUUGAUCAGAGAAAAAACUGAAUUGGAAAGCACUUGUCAGUUUUUAGAAAAAGAAAAGAAAGAAGUGGAAACUAGAUUACAGGAUAUGGUGAAUGAACUGAAUAUUCAGCUUAAGGAGUUCAAAGAACUACAGAAGUCCAAGAUUGAGGAGAGAAUGGCAGAGAAGAUAAAUCUGGAGAAAGUGAAUGAUGAGAUGGCUAAUGAGCGUGAAAAAAUUGAAAAGGAAAAUGAAGAUUUAAGACUGAGAAGAGACGAGCUGCUGCACACAAAAGAAGAAAUUCAAAAGCAGAAAAGAGACCUAGAAGAAAUGAUGAACAAAGUGACAAUGGAGAAGAGUGAGGUAGAACAAGAGAGGUGUGAAAUAUACAAACAAAAACAACAACUGGAAGACAUUAAAGACGCUUCAGAAAGAAAGUGGGAUGAGACUCAGGCGGUCAGUGAAAGGUCCACACAAGAUGAUGAGGACAUACAAAUCUUGAAAACUGAGAGGAAGAGAAUAGCAGAUCUGAAAGAUCAAUUACAGAAAGAAAAAGAGGAUGUUGAAACCAACAAAGACAAAAUUAACAGAGAGAUGGAACAUAUGGAAAAGUUGCAAAACCAAUUAGAUGACCAAAAAGAAGAGAUCAAGCUUGAAAAACAAAAAAUAGAAGACAUAAGGAUUGAGAUUCAAGACAAGACAAAUGCUCUGGAGAAAAUUAUGCUGGACUUAAAAGAAGAGAGGGAAAAUCUAAAUGCUUUAGUAAUUCAACAACAAAAAGAAAGAGUAGAGAUGGAUUUACUAGAAGAAGAAAACAAAAGAAAAGAGAAGCAUGCCAAAGAUGAGAUACAAAGACAGUUAGAGGACAUCGAAAAUAUCAAGGUCAGGUUGGCAAUAGAGAGAAAUCAAAUUGAUCAGAUGAAUGUAGAAAUAAAGACUAGAAGUGAAGGCCUAGAGAAAAUAAUCAAAGAGAAUGACAUGCAAAGAGAAAGAAAGGCUUUGGAGAUGAUGAAUGUUGAGCUAGAAAGGAAAGCCACCGAAAUAGAAAAAGAGAGAGAGAAAGUAACUCUCUGGGAAGCAGAUAUACAGGAACAGAAAAACAAAGCAGAAGAGCUAACGAACAUCUUAGAAAGAGAGAAAAGUGAACUUGACAGAGAGAAAGCUGAAGUAAAACGAGAAAAACAAGAGAUUGAAAACAUUCUAAAAACCAUCAAGAGUGAGUUGGAAGACCUAGAGCAACUGAGAAAUAAAAUGGAGGAAGAGAAGAAAGACUUACUGGACAAGCUGUUAAUAGAAAAACAUGAGAUGGAUCAAUUAAAAACAGAGUUACAGUUGGAGAAGGACAGUGUUGAAGAGGAAAAGAUGAUGCUGAAGGAGUUGAUGAAUGAAACUGAAAAUAAAAGAUCUCAACUGGACAGCAAGAUUGUGCAGAUGAACAUGGGCAAAUUAAAUAUUCAAGAAGAAAAAGACUUGCUGGAGGAGAUCAAGGCUGAUUUACAAAGAAAGUCUGAAAAGCUUACUGAGGAAAUCAGGAAAACAGACCAAAUCACCUCUCAUAUCAGUAAAGACCAAGAGGACAUGCCAAAGAGAUUUGAUGACAUGAGAAGAAAGGAAGAAGAGCCCAGUACUAUGCGAGAAGACGUCAAAGGGCAGACAAUGCUUCUACAAUCUGAUCCACUACUACUUCGGACACAAAAAGAGAACUUAGAAAAGAGCAAAGCAGAAAACGAGAAUCUAAGAGAAGAUCUUGAAAAACAAAAAGAAAAGAAUGACUUGACAAUGCAAGAACUGCACAAAGAGAGGCUGGCCUUGGAUCAGUUGAUCACUGACAUAAAACGGCAAAGAGACACAGUGGAAAACACACAAAAUGAGAUAAGACUUAAAGAACUAGAUCUGGAAAACAAAGAAAAAGAACUUGACAUGCAACAAAAAGAUAUAGAUAACCUAAGAAACACUGUGAUGGCUGAGAAAAUGCAGCUGGAAAAGAGGCAAAAAGUUGUGACUCAGCAGCAGCAAGAGGUUGAUGAUUUGAUUAAUGAAAACAUAAAAAUGAGAAGUGACUUAGAGAACACGAAAGGUUGUCUGGAACAAGAGAGACGACAACUACAAGAAAACAUCAAAACAUUUGAAGACCAGAAGAAUAUUCUUGAUCCAAUCAAAGUAGAUGCAGCACAACAGACCGAUGAGCUUGAGAAAAUUACAGCAGAAACAAAGAAGAAAAAGGAACAUCUUGGAAGGGAAAGUGAAGAGACUGAUGCUCUGAAAAAAGAAAUCCAGAGAAAGAAAGAUGAACUGCAAAUCUUAAGUUUUGAGAUUGAAAGGUCCAAGCAAGAAAUGGCAGAAAACAGAGAUCAGUUUGAAAAAGAGAUGGACAAUUGGAAGCAGAAAAGGGCAGGUUUACUGACAGAAACUGAUCAGCGAGGAAAAACCAAAAUUAAGAAAGAAGUCAAAACAUUGAUGGAGAGUGAAACACAGAUCCAAGCUGCUUUACAAAUAGCCAGAGAGGACCCUGAAGAAGACCAAACAGCUGCUGAAUUGCAGGCUGAUCUCCAGAUACAGAAGGAUGAACUAAAAGAAUUGAGGAACACAAUUGAAGUAGAAAAAAAUCUGGUUGAAAAGAGAAAGGUUUCAUUAGAUCAACAGCAGCAAGAGUUAGAAGACAUCAUGGCGGCCAUCAAAUAUGAGAGAGAUGUGCUUGAAAAAGAGAAGUCUGAACUUGAUAAACACAUAUAUAUCUUCAAUCAAAAUAUGCAGUCAGAACAAGAAGAGCUUGAAAACAGCAAAAAGAUCAUUGAGAGUGAAAAACAUUGUAACGAAAAGCAGAGAGCUGAUUUAAACAGACUGAAGGAAGAGGCUGAAUUCAGCAAACAAAGUGUACAACAAGAGAGAACUUUGCUGCAACAAGAUAAAAACAUGUUACAGAAGGAUAAAGAAGACAUGGAGGGCAUUUUUGAAGAAAAAACUAAAACAAUUGAGAAACUGCAAGAACAAAUAAACAGAAAAUUGUCUCAACUGGAGAUGUUAAACAUGGAGAUUCAGGUAAAGAAACAGGACGCAGAAAUGUAUCGCUUACCAGGAGAGAUAAAAGCAAAAGAUCACUCAAAGAGGGAAACUGAGGUCCUAAGAGAGGAAGCACAAGUAAAGAAACAAAAAACAGAUCAACUUGAGAUAUAUCAACUGAAGGCCAUCUCAAUAGAUGCUGAAACACAAACAUCUUUGGAUGACUUUAAGAAAACAGAAGACAGCAGACAACAGGAAUUUGAGGACGAAACAAAGAAGAAACAACCCACUGUGACAAAGAUAGAAGUCACACACACAUCUGAAGUGCAAGAUAUUAGAAAAUCCUUAAAUGAACAAAUAGAAGAUUUGGAGAGAAUGAAGACAAUGAUGAAAAAGGAGAGACAUGAACUGCAACAAGCGAAAACUGACUUUCAAAGGCAGAAGGAGGACUUUGAGCGGAAUUUGAAGGAAGUCAUGAAGAAGAAGUCAAGAAAUGAAGAACAAAUGCUACAACUUAUACAAGACAAAGAGGAACUAUCAAACAAACUUAAUGAGAAAAAUAAGGAAAAAGAGAGCAUCACAGAAACAUUCAUGAGAAAGAUGGGAGAACUGGAAAAGUCUAUAGCAUCACUGAAAGAAGAGAAGGAAAACAUCGAAAAUGAGUUGCUUCGACUAAAGCAAAAUGAACAGGAGAGACUAAAAAUCCAGAGCAAAACAGAUGAUACAUCUACUGGAAGUGACAAGCAUGCUGACAAAGUCACAUACAAAACAGCACUGGAACAACUACAAGACACUAAAGAGGAAAAAAGGACAGACAGAGACAGCAGUCUGGAACUCACUUACAUUUAUUGGGCCAAAACAGAUGGAGAAACCGAAGCACAAACCUCUAAAACUGACGCCCAAGGAGAAAUUCUUCAGGUAAUGGAUGGCACGACCUUAGAACGAGAUGAGCUAAACAUCAUGACAGCUGAAUUACAGAGGCAUCACGAUGAAAUGGAGAAUCAAAUCAUUCAAACUGGCCUUCUUGAGCUUGAGAAGGCAAAUGAUCACCUGCAUAAAUUGAGGGAUGAAUGUAAAACUGCUGAAGAAGAAAAGUCAGUGAUCAUGGAGAGCCUCGAGAGGAGGAGGAACAGCCUGGAGAAGGUUCAAGCUGAGGUACUGAGACUUACAAAGGAGACUGAGCACCUCACACAAAGCUAUGAAUGCAAAAGAAGAGAACUGCAAGACAUUGAGACUGACAUACAAAGACAGACAAGGACUGUGAAGACUCAAGAGAAAACUAAUAUUCAGAGUGAACAAGAAGACCAAGUAAUAGCAACUACACAAUUCAUUCAAGAACACACAGAAGAUGUUGAGCAGAUGAGAACUCAAGAGACACAAACUGAAAUCCAGGAAAGAGACACUCUACCAAAGUAUGAAGAGAUAGAUGCAAUGAAAAUGAGAAUACAGGAAAUGAAAGAUGAACUAAAAAACAGAUUACAAGACAUACAGAGGAAGGAACUGGAAAAACUUGGAAUGCAAAAAGAAAAAAUUGAGCUGGAGCUACGAAAAGCUGAAAACGAAAGAAAUAAUGAAGUCCUCCAGCAUGAGAGAGAAACAGACAGACUCAAGCUCAUAGAAAAGGAGAAAGAAAUACUUCUGCUAAGAGAGUGUAUGCUGAUCGAGAUCAAUCGACUGAAGAGUGAAGAAACAGAAACAAGUAGUCAGCGCUUGGAGAUUAUGGAGCGCCUCAUUAGUGAUGCAGCAGUAAGAGUGAACGGAUUCAGAAGGGUUACAGACAGAGCCGUGCAAACACUGAUGCUGGAAGGAGAUGGAGAGACGUUUGGAGGAGCUCAGAGCAUGACAAUUGAAUGGAUGGAAAGUGUCAGUGGAAGGGUGGAAAAUUCUCUGGAUGUCCUGAGUGAAGACAGGGAGGAAGCAGUGAGAAGAGAAUCCCAGAGAGGGGGCGUGGUCGGACCAACUUCGCGGAGAUUGCGGCUACUGCACUGGAUCAGACGGUGCUGCUGUUGCUGCUGUCCCAGGAACCCCAGAUACACUGUGGAGGACACUGAGGAUAUUUUAUAAACACAGGUCUUGUUCAUUUAGAAGUUAAUUUUCAUAUGGAAUUUGACAGAAGCACGUCCUUAACAAAUACAAUCUAUGAAUUAUGAAGAUUUUAAUUUAUAUUUUUAUAUGUAGUGAGUGAGAGUGAAAAAAAAGGGAAAAAAAGGAUAACAAAAUAAAUAUUUAGCCAGAAUGAAUCUUUUCAUGAAUACAUUCAGAACAACUAUACCUUUAACUCCUCAAAUAACUCAUUAGCAUAAAGUGUGCGAUAUGUGUAUGUAUGUAUGCAUUUUCUAUUUUCACAAAUUUGUCAGUAAAACACUCUGGGUCAACUGAUCCUGAAAAUAUCGAUUUUGAUUUGUCAUGACAAAUUGCUAUAAUUAUCUUGUGUUUUGUUCAACAUUGUGACAUAUAAUCAUGUAGUUGGAAAGAGUCAUGCUGUACUUUUACACAAAUGAAUGCAGGUUUUGGCGCAUUUGCUAUGUUUUUUUUUUUGUUUUGGUUUAAUGUAUACAAAUUUACAUUUGACUUAGCUUCUAUUGCUUUCAUGUGACAUAGCCUAUUCAUGUCGUGCCACAUAUUCACCUUUGUAACAACUCAAAGGUGUCAUGUAGAUGGAAAGAGAUGAGAUUUUAUACCACAUUUUAUGUCAUGUAGUUGGAAAGAGUCAUGCAAAGAAAGAAACAGAAGAAUAUGUUCAGAAAUAUAGUAAUUUUCCAGAAUAAAAGAUUUAUGCUGCACUUAAACAGAA